AUGUCGUCAGAUCUAGUCUCUACCAGAAAGUCAGACUUAGACGUCUAUCUAUCAAAUAGAUAUGCCCAUCAGGAUACUGCAACGCCUGAGGAUGCGGCCAACAUACGCGCCAAAUGCUCCUACGUCCGUACACAGUGGUACUUUCCGCUGUUGGAGGCCAACCGUCAUGUCCCCAAGGGCUUGACCAGUACCCUCGGUACCCCCACAAAUGAUCUCGGCAUAUUCGAGAAGUUGCCUGGAGAUGUCAUGAACAACAUUCUCGUCCGUUUGGAUGUAAAGUCCUUUCUCAACUUCCGCAACGCCAACUCGAAGGCACACCAUGUCGCAGAGACCAUCCUGGACUGUAAGGAUGUCAUGCUUCAUGGCAGGGCAGCCAUUAUCAACAUCGCUCGUACCGGGUUGAGUGGUCAUGUAACCAUCGGCGAGAUCCACCUCGCUCUCACCUCGCCAAAGUGCGGCUUCUGCGAGGAGUAUGGACCAUUCCUCUUCCUUCCAACCUGCACUCGGGUUUGCCACGAAUGUCUCUGUACGUCCCCUCGCACGGCGAUGAUUGGCACGGAAGAGAUGCUUCCUUUCUACACUCGAUUUGGCAAGUACCGAGGGCCUGGAAAUAGAUCGCACUUGCUCAAGUGCUUGGCUAAGUCUUCCAUGGCGAGUAUUCGAGUCCGAGACCAUUUACGCCCCGCCCAAAUGAUGAAGGGUGUUAGAGCCGUCUUGGUUGAUGAUCUGUUCUGGUUCUGCGAAGAGCUUGGGAUAGAAGACACAGAAGCGAUGCGAUUCCUCUUUGAUAAUGAGUGGCUCCAGUACCGUUCCGCCGCUACAAUUCGCUUUCCCUAUCUCAACACCGCAACAGGCGAACUCGAGAAAGGUCGCAGCUGCAGGGGAUGCCAGGAAGCCUUCGAAGAACAAACCAUGCAAGGCAUGGUACUACCUGGCGCCGGGCGUAUCUCCGCUGGUGCUGCAGCACGUGAUAACUGCUACUCACAUGAAGGCUUUGCGGAGCACUUCAAGACUUGCCAGCACGCACAGCGAGUGUGGAAUAGCCGAGCUCUGCCUGGCCAGGAGUCCUGGUUUGCGGCGAAUGGGGGGAUGCUUUGGGGAAUCGAAGAACGAGCGGAGUACUGCCAUCGGUUGGUAGCCCGAGUGCCUGUGGUGAAUAACGAGGAAUUUUGGGUCAUGGCUGGCGUGGCGAUCCAGGUUGUCUUCUACUUUUGUGUACUGGUUGGGUAUGCCAUGUGGCAUUGA